ACAAAUAAAUAAAUAAUUUUAUUCAUAGAGAAAAACAUUUGAGUCUGAAAAAAUAAAAAAAUAAUUUUAUUUAUAAAUCAUUUUUUUUCGUUUCAAGAUGAUGCUAAUUAGAAGACGUUGUACGAGUUUAUUGCUUAUUUUUCUUGCAAUUGUCGUUGAUCAACUUCAGAUACCUUUGGUAACAUGUCAAGAAGAAGAGGACACGCAGUGCUUGCCGCGGAAAACGUUUCUGGCGUUCCUUCGACUACCGGAAGUUAGCUCGAACUUGGCAGCAUAUUCUCGAUCCGCGCGCAUAAUACAGGAUGGGAGAAACGACUUUAUGUAUUUGAAAGCUCUGAGCACAGAGGACAUGAGCGACGACACUAAAAUAUGUUUGCCAGCGGAAGUUUACUUUGAAAUAUUCAGUGAUCCGACAAUGCGUGCUCACUUGAGUGUAAUCGAGCGGGCACAGAGAAUGGUCGAGGACCUGGAACACGAUUAUACUAGUUUUGAAGCUGAGAAGAGGAGUAUUGCAACUCUCGCCAAGAAUGACGACUUGCCCGCUUCUAUUCAGGAACGUUAUCAAGGCGACGAUCUCGAUGAUGAUGAAAAACGGAGUCAGUCUAGUAUGACUGCAGAAGAAAUAUUAAAAAUGUACGCCGGACACACACCUGAAGAAUUGGGAAAAAGCGCAGAAUCGAUAAUAACCGCCUACACCCUCCCGAGUGGAGAAAUAGACAUCGAAUCGCUAUCACGUGAUUUCCACAACGCAAAACGUAACGUCGGAGCUCUGGCUCGUGACUAUGCAUUGCCGUCAGGGCGAAGGAACAGAGCAUCCUCAGAUUCAGACUCCCAGGAGUCAUCUUCAAACAGCAACAAACGUAACAUCGCGAUGCUCGCACGGGACAGAUUGCUCCCGAAGGGCAACAAGCGGAAUAUCGGUUCACUGGGACGCGUGUACAUAGUACCUUCUUAUCAAGGGAAAAGGAACAUCGGGGCCCUCGCUCGCGACUCAAUGCUGCCUAUGGGGAAACGGUAUCUCGGCGCACUCGUUAAAUCAGGCGGCUACCCUUACAUCUACAACAAGAGAAAUAUUGCUUCGUUAGCUAAAAACGGGCUGUAUAAUUACGUUAAACGCAACAUUGGAACCUUGGCCCGCGACUGGAACUUACCGCAGUCGCGGCACAGCCGUUCUUUGAACGAGAAGGAGUUGGGCGCAGCGCGGAUCGAUUUAGAUAAUUUGCAACGGAUCGACUCGGCAAAACACCCAGAGGAUCAUCAUCAUAAUCAUGAGCUUGAUUUUAAUAAAUUGAGAAAGGGGUCGAAGGUUAACAAAAAUAAGAGUAUUUUGGAGAGCGAACUGGUUGACGCUAAAAAUAAGUCACGCAACAAAAGACAAAUUGAUUAUUCUGAAGAGUAUCCGCUGCCUGUAAUGCAAAACACUAAUGUGUUAGAUUAUGACGAUUUUAUGGAGGCACUUAUCGCUGGGUAUCCGAUUGCUGAAAAAAGAUUUAUGGGAGCAGGUUCUGAGUCUUCCGAGCGGCACGAAAACGGGGAUGACAAUGACGACGGGACAAACGAUGAUAAAUCAAUAAACCAGUCGCUGAUGGGUUAUCAGGACGUGUAUCAACCAAGUAAGAGACAUAUCGGCGCUCUGGCACGUCUCGGGUGGCUACCAUCCUUCAGGGCAGCACGAUUUUCGCGCUCUCCGCGAUAUCUGGUCGGCAGGCAGGAUUCCUCAGAUGGGCCCUCGACCAACAACUCCCCCAACUCGCCGACUCGGUCGUUAGACACGUGGAAAAGACUGAGAACCCGCGACAUGCACUAUCAAAACUACCAGGGUUAUUGUCGACAUGGCUUCAGAAAAUACCUAUCAUCACCCUCCACCGAUGAUAUUAUUUAUCGCGCUUCUUUAAAUGAUAAAUAAAUCUAAAUUUUAUUGCAUUUUUAAUAAGUUUUUUUAAUUGCUCAAUUUUUGUUUUCAAUUGCUCAAUGUAAUACUUUCAUUAGGUUUUCUAACACUUGCUAUUUAAAUUUUCUAUAUAAUAUUUUGCUGUAGAUAAAAAUAGCCAUUGAUUUAUUUAUAAAGCGUUGGUGUUAAAAAUCGGGAAUUUACUCAUUCAUAAAUAAAACUAAUAACUAAAAUGUAAUUAAUAGUGUCAUAUAUAUGAAACUUAUAGUCACAAAUAAUUUUAUUUUACUAUUAAAUGAAUAUAUAAUAUAUAAAUAUAAAAAUUCAAUUGCACUGAGCGGGUUCUCUGAUAUGAUGAUAGAUUAAAGAGUAUGUGAAAUCAUUGGAAAAAUUUUUACAUGUACGUGGUUAAUGGUAUAAUUAUAUUUAAACAUUAUCAAAAAUUUUCAAUAAAAAAUUAUUUCGAUUUUCAUUAUACUAUACUAUGAUUAAUGAUAAUUAUUAAAAUUAUAAAGAAAUAGUGGAUUAGUAGAAAAGAAGCUAUUUUAUAGUAACAGGUCAUAAACUUACGGAAAAUUAUUUAUAGUGAACAUAUGUUCUAAAUCAGAGUAUUCCGUGAAAAAUAUGUUUAAAAAAGGUGAACAUAUUGAAAAAAAUAUUUCACUAUUUUUAGAAAAUGAUCAAAUGAAUAAUCAUUUUAUUUUAAUUACUCAAAGCGGAAAAUUUUGAAACAGCGAUACUUGGAAAGAUUUUUUUAUGCUAAAGAUCUGAGGCUUUAUCCUUGAAUCAUGUACCGCGACUAUUUCUGUGAAUUUGAAUUCUUUAUGGAAAUUCAUAAAAAUCUGUUGAAUAAAUUUCGAAAUCAAUAAUUCAGAGAAACAUUAACGGGAAAAAAAUUUAGAUUGAAAUUCAAUAAAUUUUUAUUUUAAAAUAUUUUUAUCAGAAAGUUUAUGACCAGUUGACUUUUUAAUACUAUAAUAUUGUCCUAACAUCUUACAAUUGUAACUGUAACUAUCAAUUUAUAUAUCAUUAAUGACAUAUCUUUAUUAUUAUUAUUAUUAUUAUUAUUAUUGUAAUAAAAAGUCGCAUAUGAAUUUUCCUUGUCAAUUUAAAUAAUUCGAGUGGAAAAUUUGAAAAUAUGCGAAUGCUUUAAGUUUGAUAAAAAUCAAAGAUCUGUUUAGAUAAACCGAGAAUUUUAAUAAACUCGAUGAAUUUAUCGCCUAACAAUAAAAUAUAAAAACUAAUAUUUAAGGAGAAUAUAAAUGUCAAUUUUUUUCGGCUACUGUAGAUUUUUUCAAAUAAGUAGUUUAGAAUAAACUCUGCUUAUUUGAUAUACUUAGACUUGCUAAUUGUUUUUAUGUGGAAAAAAAACUCGUGGAAGAAAAUAAAUGAACGGAUAAGUUGAUGUGCAAAUAUUGUAUAGAUUAUAUUAUUACGUGUAAUAUUGUAACAUUACAACUACAAUUCUUGGUGGCUGAAUUGUCGUUGUAAUUGAUAAUGUUUGGAAUUUUUCGUAUAAUAUUUUUUUGGUAUCAUUGCUGUGAAUGACAUAUAAAAUGAAACAAGAGAACAAGAAAAUAUAAAA